UUUGCUGUGGGGUUUGUGGUUCUAGCCCGCGUAACUGCCUGAGUCCUGCGUCACCGGCGUGACGUCAGCAGGAGAACGCCAUAAUCCCGCCCAGCAAGCUGCCGCCUGCAGCCUAACGGGGUGAGAAAAUUCAUUACGGUCUUAUAUCAUCCGACGGGUAUCGGGACUCCUUAUUCCGUGUCCGGGGGAAUAGUGGCCUCCUGACCGGCUCUGGCAGAGCACAUUACUUUCUGUACCAAAGAAAUGGUGAUGGAGAAGCCAAGUCCCCUGCUUGUAGGGCGGGAGUUUGUGAGACAGUACUACACACUUUUAAAUAAAGCACCAGACUUUUUGCACAGGUUUUAUGGAAGAAAUUCUUCUUACGUACAUGGAGGGCUGGAUGCCACUGGAAAGCCACAAGAAGCCGUUUAUGGCCAGGCUGAAAUUCACAAAAAGGUGAUGUCUCUUCAGUUCAGUGAAUGUCGUACCAAAAUCCGGCACGUAGAUGCACAUGCUACACUGAGCGAUGGCGUUGUGGUGCAAGUUAUGGGUGAACUUUCCAAUAAUGGACAGCCAAUGAGAAAGUUCAUGCAGACGUUUGUCCUUGCUCCAGAAGGUUCGGUUCCAAACAAAUUCUAUGUCCAUAAUGACAUCUUUCGCUAUGAAGAUGAAGUUUUUGGUGACUCAGAAGCAGAGAUGGAUGAAGAAUCUGAAGAGGAAGUAGAGGAGGAGCAAGAGGAAAGGCAACCUUCUCCUGAACCAGCGCAAGAGAACACCAACAAUGCAUACUAUGAGCCUCACCCUGUUUCCAAUGGAGUGGAGGAGCCUUUAGAGGAGCCAGUUAAUGAACCAGAACCAGAACCUGAACCAGAAAUAAAGAAUGAGGAGAUAAAGCCAGAGACAGAAGAAAAAGUGCAAGAGGAGUUGGAAGAAAAAUCACCAACCCCACCGCCUGCUGAGCCUGUUGUUCUGCCACAAGAACCACCCAAGGCAAGAGUGGAUGUUAAACCAGAAGCUCCAGCUCAGUCUCUCCGUGUAAGAGAACAGCGUCCUCGGGAAAGACCAGCUUUUCAGCCAAGAGGUCCAAGGGUAGGAGGUCGAAGUGACAAUGAACAGUCGGAGUCUGAUAAUCGUCGUAUGUACCGCUACCCUGACAGUCACCAACUGUUUGUUGGAAACUUGCCACAUGAUAUUGAUGAAAGUGAACUGAAAGAAUUCUUUAUGAGUUAUGGAAAUGUGAUGGAGCUUCGUAUUAAUACCAAAGGCGUUGGUGGGAAACUACCAAACUUUGGCUUUGUUGUGUUUGAUGACUCUGAGCCAGUUCAGCGAAUUUUGCUUUCAAAACCAAUUAUGUUUCGUGGAGAGGUACGGUUAAAUGUGGAAGAGAAGAAAACAAGGGCUGCAAGAGAAAGGGAAACCCGUGGUGGAGACGACCGCAGAGAUAUACGACGCAAUGAUAGGGGACCUGGAGGGCCUCGUGGGCUCAUCAGUGGUGGAAUGGUUCGUGACAGGGAUGGAAGGGGCCCUCCACCACGAGGAGGAAUGGUCCAAAAGCUUGGCAGCGGACGUGGAGGAGCACCACCUGUAGAGGGUCGUUUCUCUGGCCAGCGCCGCUGAAUCUUGUCACAAUUAACAUCCAGUAAAGCCUACAGUGGUACCUUAUUCGUCGUGUUUGCAUUCUUGUUAAUUUUUUUAGCUUUGGAAUGUGACACAGCCUUUUUUCUCUUUCCCAUGAUUUCUUUGAUGUGCAAAAAGCAUCUUUUUGUUUCCAGUUUCAAUUGAGGUGAACUUUCUUUCUUUUUCCAGUUUCUCAACAGGAUUUAAACUGUUAAUUUAUACAUCCCAACUUUGGAAAUUUGAGAACUGAUAUAACUUAGCACUGCAAGUAUUCAUAUGGGCAUUGCAAAGCAACGUCCUAUUAAAAUUCUCAAAAAAAAAGCCCUCUGCUGCACAUUUCAAGUAUUAGCGUUUUCUUCAUUGGAGACAAGAGUAGUGCAACGUAUGCCUCUUCUGGCACAAAAGAACAAGUGAUUAUGCACUCAUACAAAAUGCACUGUCUGCGUCCAUUUACGCAGUUAAAAAGAUUCUUAGAAAGUAGCUCAUAAAGAUGAGGAUGUUCUAAUUCCAUUUGGUUUGCGCACAUACACCACAAAACUGAUGGUAGACAAACCAUUGCAGAAGUAAAUUCUUCAAACCUCAUUAUUGUUCUGAACUUAAUAGUGUGAAUCUGAUUCUUCAAAGGGUAUCAUCAUGAGCACUAUUCAAAGUUUCGUACAUGAAGAUUUUUGUUUUUGCACUUGCCCCUCUGACAUGCAGAGAUGGGUGGCUGCUCAAUCUUCUCCAACUCUCCAAACCCUCCUUUUCAGCUUUGUACAGUAUAAAUUGUACUGAAAUGUCUUUUAGUUCUCUGGUAAUGUAAUAAGCAUGAUGGUGCCUUCUAUGAAUACAUCAUUCCAGUCCUUGCUGGUGAUUUUGUACAGUGAAUGACUUACUGUGCUGCAACGCCAAACAGCUUCAACACAUUUAAGAAUCAUUGAAAAGCCUGCCUAACCAAACUGCAGUAUCUGUAUAUGGGUAGACAUUCGAGUUUUUGUUUGCUAUGGUUCACCUUAUCUACCAUUGGUAUUCACUUGCCAGUAGUAGGGUUCAGUAUGUCAAAAGGAGUUGUGGUCACGUCUGUGUUUAAAGCCCUAACUGUAACUCUGUAUAGCGCAUACAAAGCGGGGUUUACAUGGUGUCCUGCAAAUGUCCAGUUGCACAUUUUUUUUUUUUUUUAAAGUUCUGUUAAACCUACAAGCAGAGGAUUUACUGUAAUGCUCCUAGAAUAGACCUGCAGCUCUAAGUGUCUGCACUAUACCAUAUUGUACAGGGUUUCGUUUCCUAGCAGUCUUUUCCAUUCUGCACAAUUACUGGGAAAACACAUAACCCAAGGCUUUAGGAAGAAGUCCACAGUUCCCUACAGUUUUCUUCAAAUCGGCUACUUUAAAUGCACCAUUUUGGGACGAACUGUCUAGAUCAACACAUUCCAGUAAACUGCAAAUGUAGCACAGGGUACUGACCAGCCCGGUGCAGUAAGAUGAAAUGGUGCCCAGAAAGGGAACAAGUGUGAACACUUAAAGCUGCUCUGAAAGGGUGGGAGACCUCGUUCCACUGAAAUAGCAAAAAUGCUCAUGGAGUAACAUGCUGCUUUCGACUUAUGCAACUGUUUGCUGAGCCUUCUUUCAAACUAAUGAUUGUGCACAAAAGUAUUUUAUUUUCUACUCUGCAAGGCAACUUAAGGUUUUGUGUACGUCCGACUUCUAAUUCCCCCCCCCCCCCCCACCGAUCCCUCCACUCCACCCCCUGUGUUUUUUUUUGUUUUUUUUUUUUAUGUUCGUCGCUUGAGGUCUUCUGUGUUUGAUGGCAAGUCUUGCACUAUUUCAUACAUUUCUGGGACACAGAUUUCUCAUGGUUAUAAUUUUAUAUAUACAUAUAUAUUUUGUGUUAUAAAAGUUUUACAUUUGCAAUCUGUUACCUGGAAGUAUUGUACUUGAAUUCCCUAAGAUACAAGCAAACCUCGGACUAGUUUUUGUCAUUCCAAUUCAGUGACGGAAUUGUUUGCCAGCAGUUCUGUUCCUUGGUUUUGUUUUUAUCCCUCCUCCACCUUUUCUGUUUCUUUUUUAUCUCUGCUGUUAAACCCUGUCACCAUCUAAACUGUGUAAUGGCAAAUGGAACUGGGACAAAGCAAAAAUGUAACAUGCCGUUCCAGAGGAGCAUACGAGCCAUUUAGCUUUCCAGUCUGCUUCACGUUUCAAUACUUUGAAUAAACAUUAAACAUCCAGGAUGUUUACUUGGUGAUUGUUCACCUUACUAUACUGUGUACAUUUAAGUGUUACUGUCUUAAUAUUUCAGUAAAUGUACCUCAUCCAACAUAGUAGCAGUUCUCUUUCAUUAUUCCUUAAUUGUUGCUUUAUCAUUGCACUUCUAUUCCAACACAAUUGGCACACCAUAUUUAAUUCAGUGUAGAAGACAGUGGUGAAUGGUUUACCAUCUUUGCUGUAAUGUGUUGAACAUUACCGUAUAUGCCAAUAGAAUCUAGUACAUUUGUUGCAGAUGGAGAGUAUUUUGACUUCAGUUUUUUUCCAUAUUUGAAUGUGUUCAGAUUAAACAUAUAAUAAAAAAAAAAACUACUGAUGUCUA